CUCAUUGGGAAUGUGUAAUAAUGAUAAUAACUACCACGCUUUAUCAUCCUUGCGGCACUUGUAAAAUGGGACCUAGUGGAGACCCAACUGCUGUCGUCGACCCCAGAUUAAAGGUAAUCGGUGUUCAAGGUUUACGAGUGGUAGAUGCAUCUAUUAUGCCCAAAAUUAUAUCGGGCCACACAAAUAUACCUGUAUAUAUGAUUGCCAAAAAAGCAGCAGAUAUGAUUAAAGAAGAAUGGAAUUACUUGGUGAAAUCACGAACAUAAUAUACUUUCAUGAAAUAACUAUGCGCGUAUGUGUGUGUGAAAGAUAAAUAUUCAAACAAAAAAAUAUUAAUUCUGCUGUUAUUGAUUCAAAUUAAAAAAUUUAAAGAUUAAUAAAAUCGUAAAAUACAUGUGAUAUAAUAAUACAAAAGUAGUAAGUCUAUGACAGUUCUAAUCUGGGAGCAAUGAGGGCGGUGAGUGGCGAGGGGGGAAUGUUGGCGCGGGGGUACCUGCGGUAUAUACCGCGGAGCGGGUGAUGAUCCGCAUGGUCUGACAUGGGUGGUGACCCGCGAGACCUAGCUUGGGAGGUGAUGGUCAGCCCGCUGAACUGACCCGCGCGUGGGAGUCAGCCUGCGGUCCUACCCGGGAGGGGGAUAAUGAUACAUGGAGUGGGUGGUGAUCCUCAAGAUGCUGUGGGUGGUGACACCCACUGAUCAAGAGGUGGGAUUGAAAGGUGGUGGUAAGCCGCGCGACAGAGCGGUAUGUACCGCCGAGGAUGAUGUUGGGGAGAGAAGGGAAGCCCGCAAUUAGAACCAUCUCGUAUGUAAAAUACCGCGAUAUCCGCGGCGGUUUUUCGCAGCGUUUUCCGCGGCGAUUUCCACGG